AACAACAGACAAAACACCGUGUUAUCAAUAUUUUUAAGAUUUGUAGAAGUACCCUCCCUGCCGCCGAGAAAUACAUUCUGCAAAGGCUAGGCAGCUAAGCAAGGCGUAUCGUAUUUUCCCCGAAAUCUUUUUGUUUCAAUCGCAUCAAUUGCUCGUCAAUCGACUGCCAGUCAGCCACCGUACAGCGCGACAAUGAAACCGCUAUCAGUUCUAACAGCGGCAUCCAUUGGCCAAAUUUCCGUAAGAGCCUUUAUUUCACCGAAACCAGCUGGUAUCGCGGCCGUACAUCUGGGAAGCCGCUCCAGGCUUCCGAAUCUUAAGAGUACUUCAGUGAUAUCAUCCAACGAAGACCUAUUGCCAGGUAUUGAGGCAAUCAAUGCCAACAACUUGGAUCUUUUUAAAAGCCUAGAAGCGUUGCGAAAGCAGGAUGAGUUCCGCUAUUACAGUGUUGACAUUCUUGCCAGCUGCGAGUACAUGCCACAAGAGCUCUUUGAGUGCUACACGCAAAGCUGCGAGAUUUACCCCGUAGACGAAGAUGAGGUUCCGGAAACUAUUCGUGAAAUAGACAUGGACGAGGCCGGGUUUGAAUUGGAUGGAUGGGGGCGAUGGGAUAUGCCCAGCUCUGAUUAUUAUGAUACCGAGAUGUUUCCGGAAGGAUACACUAAUUAUGACGGGUCCGAAGUUUGGAACUUUAUUCACAACCGUAUUUGUUUUCAGGAAUUUGACUUUGAUGAUGAUCACUGGAAGGCAGAUUACAACAAGGCUGUCUCUGGACUACACUCUAUGAUCUCUGCCCAAGUCAUCCAAGGUAUUCAAGAAAAGCUAGAUGGUGGGGAAGAGUUUGAAGAGGAUGAAAUCUGGAGAGACCCAAAAGCUGAGUUUGCACGCAGACUUUCGCCUGAAGGUGAAACUCCUUUGGCUUUGGAAAAUCUUUACUUUUGUUUUAUGUUGAUGUUAACAGCAGUUUCGAAAGCUCGUGAUCGUUUGUACAACGAUAUGAAAUCAGGAAAGGUCAGCAUGGACACUUCAAACGACCUUCGCCAUAUACUUGAAUCGCCACUUCUUGUGGAACCGACCGUUGAUAUUGCCUUCACCAGACUCAAAGCUAGAGCUAUUAAGGACUCGGACUCUUCAGAUGCCCUGUGGGAAGCACGUAUGCGGACACGUGAACUCCUUCGUAUUAUGAACUGUGUCCAGUGCAAUAAGUGCCGUCUGCACGGCAAGAUCUCUGUUAUGGGUCUAUCAACAGCCCUGCAAAUUCUUUUGGGACGGACUGGUAAAGGCGGCGAUCCUACGCACAUCCAUCGUGUGGAACUGGCUGCGUUGAUGGCGACCUUGCAUAAGUGCUCCCGCGCACUCAAGUUCUGCCAGAAAAUGCAUGCGUCUUAGGUUUGAUUUUUAAGACAAAAUAACUUAAUGCAUUCUCUCUUUGCC